CCGCGCGGGGACCGAGCCGGGGACGGAGCCGGGGACUGAGCCCGGCGGCGGCCGCGCAUGGCCGGAGCCGCCAUGGCCGAGCCGGGCCGCGGGCUCCCCGCCGCGCCCGGCACCGAGGGGCUGCCGCGCGCCUUUCUGCAGAGCCUGCGCACCCUCUUCGACAUCCUGGACGACCGGCGGCGCGGCUGCGUGCACCUGCGCGAGAUCGAGUCCCGCUGGCAGGGCGCGGACGCGCGCGAGUUACCCCGCGGCGUGCUCGAGGGCCUGCGCCAGGUGGCCCCGGCCAGCGGCUACCUGACCUUCGAGCGCUUCGUGGCUGGCCUGCGCACCUCGCUGCUGAGCGCCGACGGCGGCCCGCGGGGCCAGGCCCGCGCCCCCGCCCGGGGAGGCUGCCCGGCGCGGCCCGGGGGUCAGCAGCCGCCGCCGCCGACGCGCCUGGUGUUCGCGCCGGCCGACGAGCCGCGGACCGUCCUGGAGAGGAAGCCCCUACCCCUGGGCUCGCGGCCCCCGCCGACCGGCCCCGGCGGCGCGUCCCGGAGCCUGGAGAAGCUGUGCGGGCCAGCAGAGGCAGCGCCGGGUUCCGCGGAGCCCGAGCGGCCCCAGGUCGCGGCGCUGGAGCGGAGCCCGAGCGCAGACUCUGGUGCACUGGCCUGCAGGCCCCGGGAGCUUGGCGUGGGCGAUGCCCAGCGGGCCCCCCGUGCCCGAGGGGAACGUCGCAGACACACCAUCACCAGCGGUGUGGACUGUGACCUGCUGAAGCAGAUGCGGGAGCUGGAGCAGGAGAAGGAGGUGCUGCUGCAAGGUCUUGAGUUGAUGGCGCAGGGCCGUGACUGGUACCAGCAACAGCUGCAGCGCGUGCAGGAGCGCCAGCGCCGUCUGGGCCAGAGCAGGGCCAGCACGGACUUUGGCAGUGAGGGGAGCCCCCUCCCACUGGGCCGGCUGCUACCCAAGGUACAGGAGGUGGCCCGGCGCCUGGGGGAGCUGCUGGCUGCAGCCUGUGCCGGCAGGGCUCUGCCUUCAUUGUCCUCGGGGCCCCCGUGCCCGGCCCCGGCCCCCGCCUCGCCCUCAGCCCCAGGCUGGCAGCAGCAGACCAUCCUCAUGCUGAAAGAGCAGAACCGGCUCCUCACCCAGGAGGUGACCAGCAAGAGUGAGCGUAUCACGCGACUGGAGCAGGAAAAAUCUGCCCUCAUCAAGCAGCUGUUUGAAGCGCGCGCCCUCAGCCAGCAGGAUGCCGGGCCCUUGGACUCCACCUUCAUCUAGCUGGCCGUGGGCAUGGACACAGCCCUUAGGGCCUGGCCUGGCCGUCAGCCUGGCAGGUACCUCUUCGAGCCCCACUUAGGCUGAAGACCACCUGACUGGCCUGGACACAGGUUUCUUCCUCUCUUGCAUUCUGGGCUCCCCCAGCCCCCCCAGCCCCCCCAGCCCCAGGUGGAGCCAGCGGGUGGGCUGUGGCCAGAAUGUGCUGUGGCCCCGGACACGGACUGGGCCCUAGCCUUGGGGGGCUAGACCGGGGUGGGGCCUCAUUAUGCUAACAUAGCCUGAAGCUGCUACCGCCAUUGUCAGUGGGCGGUGGGGGCUCCUCAUGUUUACCAGAUCUCAGGCAGCUCUGGGCAGGCGGUUACACGGGCCUGUCCUCUGACCUGGGGCCUCCAGGGAAAGGUACCGGUCCCACGAGGCUGCACUUCCGGCUGCGGCCAGCAGAGGGUGCCUCGUGCACGACAGCCGGAGCCGCCCGGCAGCGCCCACUGUGAGGUCUUCCCCCGGGAGGGCUCUGUCCCCACAAGAGAUGUCAUCAUGGGCCCCCCAGGUGGGCCCCCCAAGGUUCCUUGUAGGCCACGCACCCCCAUCAGGGCCUACUCCACAUGAUUCAAGGUUCCCACAGGUGUAGGGACCCCUCCACACCCUCCCUGUCCGCCACCCCCCCAGCUCGGCGUCAGACUCCGGCUGGCUCAGCCACACAGAGCAGGAAAGCCACGGGGUCCAGGAAGAGACGAGGCAGGGUCCUUGUCAGGGACAACUCCCCACCCCUACACCAGGCCUGCCCCGAACGGGGAGCCUCCACCCCGGAGGGGCCUCGUGACGGAUGCCGCCAUCCCCACAAGGACUUGCGUCCCACACUGAGGACGUGACAUCACCGCUGGGUUGUGCGGUGGCGGGGGAGGGCCCAGGCAUGGGCUGUGAGACCCCAUCAACCAGGAGAGUUUGGGCACGUGGACUCCCACAACCCUGGAGGGUGCCAGCGGCAGAGGAGAGGUCCGGGGUGAGGGCGGCUGGGUGCCCCCUCUGCCCCAGCUCUGAGCUUCCCACGCUGGACUUGCAGACAGUGAGGGGGAUUGUCCUGGGUCAGGCCCGAAUCUGCCCAGCAUGCAAGCCGCCCUCCUCGGGAGGGUGGGGUGGCCCAAGACCCCCCAGGUCUAGACCCACGCAGGCUCUGUGGGAGGGGAGCCAAGAGGGGAAUGGGGUCUUGAAGAGUAAGAUAGGGCCCCCAGCACCCCCUGGGACAUGCAGGGCAGUGGCCAGCGCAGGAGAAGUCCUCCCGAUUGAGAGCUUGGGGCCUACCCGCCAGGAGCUCUUGGAUCUGCUCUCCCUCGCUUCCGUCCCACGACCAGUCCCUCGCACCUGACUCUGAGUCCACCCUCUCGCUGGGAGUCUGCUCACAGCUUCUCCAAACGCAACCCGUGACAUUUCCAAAACUGAAACUGUACCACCCCCCCCCACUCUUGAUCCUCCCAUGAUCCUAUUGCUCAGGGCAGCCCCUGGGCUGAGCCUCCACAGCCUUUCCCAGGCCCUGCCAGUAGCUGGGCUGCAGCUGGACAGCCAGCCUCCCACCUCUGGUCUUUGCAAACGGUGUUCCAUCUCCUAGAACACCCCCUCCCUGCUUCACCUUGCUCACCCCUGCCCAGCCCCCCACGACAGAGCAAAGGGAUCUGAGGAAGCCAUUACAGUGGAAGAGGCAGCGGUGUCCCCUGGGGUGUCUGCCCCGCCUGGAGGUUCUGCAUUCCCUCUGCUGUCUUCACAUGAGACAACGCGGUGUCCGCCCCAGCUGUCUUUCACCAGGAGACCUUCCGCAGGAAGCACCCCUUCACUGUGAGAUGAGCUGGCUACACGGAAGGCAACUCAGGGAUGGAACCCCCCCUUGUCCUCGGUGCUCUACCCAGGGUGUAAACACAUGUCCUCUUUGUUUGCAGUCUGAAACCAGGCUACCUGUGGGUCCUAGACUCCUCCAGGGAAGAAGUUUAAGUGGCCCCAGGUUGGCAGGUGGCAGAAGCAGACACAUCCUCUGCAAACCACUAGUGACGUUUGGGGCUGAGUAAGUCGGGGGCGGGGGGUGCUGUCUUACGGUGUGAUGUUGAUGACGUCCCUGGCUUCUGUUCACACCCUCAGUUGUGACAACUAAAAUGUCUCAAGAGGUUGCCAGAUGUCCCAGGGGUGGUGGUGGUAGAAACAUCAUCCCUGAUUGAGAAUCACUGCUCCAGUGAUUUCAUGUAGGCCAAGUCCCAAGGAAAAUGAGCAUCUCUAUGUUAAAAAGCUUUUUCACACGCACCAGGAGUGCACCCACCACAAGAGCCAGCAGAAAGAACAGAUUCUGCAAAAAUUUCAGAUAUUGGAAUUAUCAGAGAAUAUACAAUAACUUUUACAUGUCUAAAGAA